AUGGGAUGGCUUGGAGGAAGUGGUGAUCAACAUGGGGCAUUACUUCCCUUGGAGCUAUCCUCUGGGGUUGUAGCUCACCCUCUUCCUCUAUCUGAGGCUCGGGGUCUAAAUGAUGCUGGGGCUCCUCCUGUCUUGGAGAUGUCUAAGAUGCGGAAGCUCGUCGCUCCCUUCGCUGAUUCCUCUGUAAGUACUAAAGCAUGCCCGAGAGAGGAGACUGCCUCUAUCGAGGCUCCGAACCCUCUCAUCUAUCAAUCCCUUUUCCUCUGUAAUUUCCCCUGA